UUAAUUGGAGUUGAAAAAGAUUAUCUUAUUCAAAUUAAUAAAAGUUUAAAAACUAAAAGUAAUUAUGCUAAUGUUCAUGGAUAUCCUUUACCAGGUCAUUUACAACAUGAUACACAGUUAAUAAUUUACUUGCCAACUAAUGAAGAUUAUACUAAAGCAUAUAAUAAUUUUAUCGAAUGUCUUAAUAUUUUUUCUGAAAAACUAUUAGUUAUAAAAGCUUUGUUCAUAUUUGGAAAGA